AUGGCUGUCACCAUUGGUAUCAACGGCUUUGGCCGCAUCGGCCGCCUCGUCUGCCGCGCCGCCUUUGCCAACCCCAACGCGACCGUCGUCGCCAUCAACGACCCGUUCAUGGACCUCGAGUACAUGGCGUACCUCUUCAAGUACGACUCGACGCACGGCGGCUACAAGGGCACGGUCGUCGUCGAGGGCAACAACCUCGUCAUUGACGGCCACGUCGUCCGCGUCUUUGCGGAGCGCAACCCGGCGCAGAUCCCGUGGGGCGAGGCCGGCGCCGACUAUGUCUGCGAGUCGACGGGCGUCUUCACGACGACCGAGGCUGCUGGCCAGCACAUUGGCGGCGGCUGCAAGAAGGUGGUCAUCUCG